UUUUUUAGGACAAAGGCCCCUUGAACUUCCAAAGAGCUACAAAUCAAGCAUAAUAAAUAAUAAUAACAGUUACUUGCUGAUCAUCGGUUACCGUGAUUCUUUAAAUUAUACUUUUAUAUAGACUCAUGGUUAUCCCAAAUUAAAUGCUUCUGUUUUUUAUACAUUUUUUAUUCUUAAAUAAAAUGAGCUCUUACGUAGCCAACUCGUUUUAUAAGCAAGCCCACGAGGCAUCUGCCUACACCAUGCACGGUUUUGGCAGCUAUGGAUCUCUCUCUGAGCUCCAUGCAUCCAGUUACUGUUACAGCGGGCUUGAUCUCAGCGGAUCCUUCACUCCGGCAGCUUCCUCGAACUCCCACAAACGGGAGGAGAUGAGCGUGAAUCUGCGCGGCAGCCCAGACGCCCUGCCGCCGCGGCCGCAGUCUUGUUCGGCUUUAAGCUCCCCUAGGCGUGCAGUGAGCGCGAACGGGCAGCGCGCUCCCAGGCUCGGGCUGUUCAGUCAAAAAACCGAGGGAGACACGGAGUUAAGCGACAAGCCCGGCGGCAAGACAAGAGCAGACGAGAUUAAAGUUGAAACCAUGCAAACCGUCCAGCCAAUAACACAAGCAAAUAACUCGAGCCAGCCUCAGAGCAGCCAGCAGCAGCCGCAGAUAUACCCGUGGAUGACAAAGCUGCAUAUGAGUCACGAAUCUGACGGUAAACGGUCACGGACCAGUUACACCCGCUACCAGACUCUGGAACUGGAGAAAGAAUUCCAUUUCAACCGGUACCUCACCCGCCGUAGGCGUAUCGAGAUCGCCAAUAGCCUCUGUCUGAAUGAGAGGCAGAUUAAAAUCUGGUUCCAGAAUCGGCGCAUGAAGUGGAAGAAGGAUUCAAAGCUGAAAGUAAAGGAAUCAAUGUAAAAAAAAAAAACAGUGGGGAUUGCUUUCUGGCUUUCUAAUGCCUAUAGGAA